AUGAAAAGUCCAUAAAAUUAUGAAUAAUUCAAAUAAGUGAAAUAGAAUCCCUUAAAUAAUUCAAAAAGUAAAUAAUUAUACACCUUUCCUAAAUCUCCAAGAUUCAAUUACAAAGAAUAAAGAGAGUAAAUCCUUUAAAUAUCUAAUUAGUAAUUCACCAUCUUUUUAUUCAAUUAAAUCUGAUCUAGUUUCUCCUAAUAAAGGAGUCUCUUUUGGAUCUGGCUCAAAAGUAGAUUUUUCUAAAUUAGGAACAAAAACUCCAGGUCCAGGAUAUUACCAAGUAUAACAAUAAAAGUCAAAUCAAAAUACUAAUUUGAAAAAACAUACUAUGGGAGUAGGUAGAAUAUAAACAAAACAAAAAAGUGAAGUACCUCCAGUUGGAGUUUAUGAAAUUGCUUAAAAUUUAGUAUAAAUUAAUAAGGCUCCUCAUUUUGGAUUAAAAUUACUACCAAGUAUAUGAAAAUCAUUAUAAAUAGACAAUUAAACAUGUUCUCCUGGACCUGGAAAAUAUGAUAUUUAAGUAAAAGAACAUUCUAAAUCAUUUGUGGCUGGAUUUGGUACUGGUAGAUCAGGUCAAAUAACUGAUGAUACUCCUGGACCUUAAGAAUAUAGACCUAGAACUGAAAUGUCACCAAAAUAUGUUAAUUCAAAUUGGAGCAAUUGCCAAAUAACUAAAUUUUCAAAGGUUGAACGUUUUGGAAGCAAUAAAACAAUUACACCUGGGCCUGGAAACUAUUAAAUAGCUGGAGAAUUUGGAAUAUACUGAC